AACCACAGACGCGUUCCGGUCUACCCGGAAGUGCGUGGCUUUAAUGCAAUGGCGGAGCCCAGAGAGAAAUCCGCUCUCGCGGCGUGUUUUUGCCCUUCUUUUGGCUGUUGUGUUGUUGUGUUGUUGUUGUCCGCUGUUUUCAACAUUGCGUUCGGUGUUUCGGGAUCCGAAAGCGACGCGUUUCUAGCCGGAAGUUCCGGUUUGUCUGCGGCGGCGGCGGCAGCGCGAGACGUGCGCUACCUGCUGUACGACGUGAACCCUCCUGAAGGCUUUAACCUGCGGCGGGACGUGUACAUCCGCAUGGCGUCCCUGCUGAAGACUCUGAGGCAGCGUGGCGACUGGGUGCUGGUUCUUCCGCCGUGGGGUCGUCUGUACCACUGGCAGAGUCCCGACGUGCACCAGGUGCAGAUCCCAUGGGCUGAGUUCUUCAGUGUCUCCAGCCUGCAGGCCAACGUUCCUGUCAUCGAGUACGAAGACUUCAUCGCAGAGUCGGGUGGGCCCUUCAUCGAUCAGGUGUUUGUGCUGCAGAACUACGCAGAAGGCUGGAAAGAGGGAACGUGGGAGGAGAAGGUGGACGAGCGACCCUGCAUCGAACGCCUCAUGUACAGUAAAGACAAGCAAGGAUACUACAGAGGCUGGUUCUGGGGUUAUGAGGAGACUCGAGCUCUCGGCGUGACCUGUCUGUCUGCUCAGGGACACGCCUCGGUUCUAGCGCCGCACCUACAGGAGAACGUCACUGCCAUCUCAGUGAUGUUAGACAGAGCUGAAACUGUCCUCCAUGAUCAUUAUGCAGGAAAAGAUUACUGGAACACCCGGCGCAGUAUGGUGUUCGCCAAACACCUGCGUGUCCUUGGAGACCAAUUUAGAGCAAAAUACCUCAACUCCACUGAUGAGCAGGACCACACACCCUAUAGUGAGGACUGGACACGCAUGAGGGCCAAGUUGGGCAGUGCUAAAGGAGGCCCAUACCUGGGCGUGCACCUGCGCAGGAAAGACUUUAUCUGGGGUCAUCGUGAGGACGUACCAAGCCUGAAGGGGGCCGUGAAGAAAAUCCGCAGCCUCAUGAAGAAACACAAGCUGGAGAAAGUGUUCAUAGCUACUGACGCGGAGGAUGAAGAGGUGUUGAAGCUGAAGAGGCUGCUGCCUGAGAUGGUGCGAUACGAGCCGGACCAAGCCGAGCUGGAGCUGCUGAAGGACGGAGGAGUCGCCAUUAUAGACCAGUGGAUCUGCGCACACGCCCGGUACUUCAUCGGGACCUCGGUUUCGACGUUCUCCUUCCGCAUCCACGAGGAGCGGGAGAUCCUGGGCUUUGACCCUAACAGCACCUACAACCGUUUCUGUGGCGACGAGGAGGAAGAGUGCGAACAGCCCACGCACUGGAAAAUAGUCUACUGAGCUGAGAAAACCCUCUACAGGAGCGAGAUUACAGACGGGCGAACACACGACUGCCUCUACAGGGUGUUCUCUGGCUCUCCAGCGUACAGUGUUUAGCAAGAAAGUGUUCCAGAAUUAUUGGCACCCUCCAUAAAAGCGAGCACAAAUUAA